GAGCUUCCCCGAAAGUCAAAACAAGCCUUGAUGCGGUAACGGUGCUUCCUCUCGUUGCUCGUCGGAAAUCCGUCAAAACUGAGAUUCUCACGAUGGGACUUGGAAUGUAAAUAACACAAGGACAACCGACUUAGCACAUUACUUACUGAAACGAGUGGAAAUUGCAAAAAAAAUACAAGCCGGAGCUCAGAUCGCACCUGCUGCUUCAGGCUGAGUCACUGCCGGUGAGGAGGAAGGUCUGGAGAGGGAACAGGAGAGGAGGAGGAGGUGGUGGCAGCGGCGGCGGAGGAGGACGAGAAGAAGAAGCUGAGCGGGAGGGAGAUAAGCCACAGCACGAAGCACGACGACACACACGCACAUUGAGUGUUUGUGUUGGUGAGUGAGAGAGCAAGAGACCACGUGAACAAAAGGGCGAACGGCGAAGGAAGGAAGGAAGGGAGGGAGAGUGACGCGAGGCUGGGAGAGCCACCCCCCCACCCCUCCUCCACAACCUCCUCUCCUCCCCUCCCUCUCGCUCUCUGUGGAGCAGGCGUGUAGCGGCAACACUCGGCCUGGAGGAACCAUGAGCGAUGUCACCGUCGUUAAAGAGGGAUGGCUUCAGAAACGGGGUGAAUACAUAAAGAACUGGCGGCCACGUUACUUCCUCCUAAAGACGGACGGCUCUUUCAUCGGCUACAAGGAGAAGCCUCAGGACGCCGACCUCCCCUAUCCUCUGAAUAACUUCUCUGUAGCAAAAUGUCAGCUGAUGAAGACGGAGAGGCCCAAGCCAAACACCUUCAUCAUACGCUGCCUGCAGUGGACCACCGUCAUAGAGAGGACCUUCCACGUGGACUCACCUGAUGAGAGAGAUGAGUGGACAGAGGCCAUCCAGAUGGUCGCAGACAAGCUGCAGAGGCAAGAAGAGGAGAGGAUGCAGUGUAGCCCCACCUCCAAUAUCGACAACAUGGUGGAGGAGGAGAUGGACAUCUCCACCACACACCACAAACGCAAGGUUGUAACAAAUACAAUGAGCGACUUCGACUACCUGAAGUUGUUAGGAAAGGGAACCUUUGGUAAAGUGAUUCUGGUCCGGGAGAAGGCCAGUGGGAAAUACUAUGCCAUGAAGAUUCUGAAAAAAGAAGUUAUCAUUGCCAAGGAUGAAGUGGCGCACACCCUCACAGAAAGCCGAGUACUGAAAAACACCAGACACCCCUUUCUCACCUCAUUGAAGUAUUCAUUCCAGACAAAAGACCGCCUCUGCUUCGUCAUGGAGUAUGUGAAUGGGGGCGAGCUGUUUUUCCAUUUGUCCAGAGAGAGGGUGUUCUCCGAAGAACGGACGCGCUUCUACGGCGCAGAGAUCGUGUCGGCCCUCGACUACCUGCACUCAGCCAAGAUCGUGUACCGGGACCUCAAGCUAGAGAACCUGAUGCUCGAUAAAGAUGGCCACAUCAAGAUUACAGACUUUGGCCUCUGCAAAGAAGGCAUCACGGACGCCGCCACCAUGAAGACUUUCUGCGGCACGCCAGAGUACCUUGCACCUGAGGUCCUGGAGGACAACGACUAUGGAAGGGCGGUGGACUGGUGGGGUCUGGGCGUGGUGACGUACGAGAUGAUGUGCGGACGGCUGCCCUUCUACAACCAGGACCACGAGAAGCUGUUUGAGCUCAUCCUGAUGGAGGACAUCAAGUUCCCGCGCACCCUUUCAGCCGACGCCAAGUCUCUUCUGUCCGGCCUACUCAUUAAAGAUCCCAACAAACGACUUGGUGGAGGACCGGACGACGCCAAGGAAAUAAUGAGACACAGUUUCUUCACUGGAGUUGACUGGCAGGAUGUCUACGACAAAAAGAUGGUUCCUCCGUUCAAGCCUCAGGUGACCUCUGAGACGGACACCAGAUACUUUGACGAGGAGUUCACAGCCCAGACCAUCACAGUGACACCACCUGAGAAAUUCGACGAGGACGGGAUGGACUGUCUGGACAACGAGAGACGACCGCACUUCCCGCAGUUCUCCUACUCGGCCAGCGGGCGGGAAUGAACUAGUUCCCCUUGGUGACAUCAUCACAGCUGGUCUAUGAGGUCAUCAGUGUGGGACGACAUUGACGGCAAAAGAGAGACCCACACUUGCGGACUGAACAACCCUAACCCUCCUCUUGUCUCGGGGUAGGGGGUGGGUUGCCACUCUUAGCCCCGCCCCUUUGCUCUUCACCUUUCCAGCCAUCUCGUUUGGUUUCUGAAUGGAGCUUGUUGCGGUACAAACGUCCAGUUAGCAGUUAGCGCUAACACACAGUAGUUAGCAGUUAGCGCUAACAUUGAAGGGGACUGCUGCGCUUUGACACAUCUGCUGAGCCCCCCCCUGUGAUUGUAGUCAAGGAGACGUUGUGUGGCUUGUUGAGCCAUCAGCGGUUGUAUCUCAGGCUUUUGCACACAAACACACACACACAGUCACAUGAAUCAUUCUUGGAUCGACUGAGGGGGUCUGGCAGUAAGGAAAAAAUGACGUCCAGCAGACCACAUGUACGCAGGAUUUGACUCAGGUUGUGCUCUGUGCAAUCCAUUCUCCUCGUUGCUGCUAUUCCAACAUCCACCACUAGGACAGGAACACCAACCAGACGACUGCUAAACACCCGGUGCUGCCCUCCCGGCUUUAACGCUGCAGGACAUCAAUAACAACGCAGGCGCUAGCAACAUGUCGCCUAUGCUUGCAAACUUGCUGCUAAUGUGGCGCUACGACACAUCAACAUAGAUUAAAAAAAAAGAAAGAAAGAAAGAAAAAAAAAGGAUGUCAUGUUUGUGCGAGUGAGGAGGCUCAAGGAGGCCAACCAAAGCGCAGCAGUUCCCCAGACGUCAUUUAGCUUUACUACAUACACCACAAUGCAGUCAUUGAUUUAUCACUUUGAAUGUUGUCCCGAGGAAAGCUUUACUGUGACUGCAGGAGAACGCUGCUGCUGCACGUCUAGUCUUUGUGCAGCAGGGGAGCACACAGCAACGCCAUGGAUGGACGUGUACAGGUUUAAGAUACUUCCCAUCAUUUAUCAUUCGUCAAGGUACGCAGCUCCACUUGUUUGUUCUUGCACUCGUCCCUUUUCUAUUUGGUAUACAACCAUUUGUUAGGGCUGAGAAACUACACAAAAACGGCUAAAUGGCUGAAGAAUGUAGGAGGGGAAACAUUUAGUAUUACCUCCACCAAGGAUUAUUUAUGAUUUAUUUAUUAGCUUGUUUAUCUGUUUGUGUGUGUGUGUGUGUGUGUGUGUGUGUGUGUGUGUGUGUGUGUGUGUGUGUGCGUGCGUGCGCAUGUGCGUGCAGGACCUACGCUCCUUGGCGGAGGUCUUGUCCACUAGAGGGUGCUGGGAAGCUGGGGACCUCCACCAAGGCCCCAAAAAAAUAGCUAUUCGGUAAACACCAUGAAGCAUUUCAUAUUACAACUUAUAAGCAUGCAAAGGAUUUGACUUUGCUCUUUUGUUUUUUGUGACGUCACCACAAAAGGGUACCAGUGAUGGCAAAUUGGGAUAAUAACCAUAGAACCAAAAAUGGGACUUUUAUUUCCUGGCUGCUCAGUAUAAUAUGGCCAAGUCAACAAUAAAUUACUUAUUAGUAAUUUUUUUUUACUUUACCUCAACUGCAACAGUGGACUCUCGCAUGUCUGCCACUGGCGCUGUCUCUUAUGCUAAUUACCUACACCUUCUCAGUCCUUCUGUCCAGGCAGCUCAGUACAAUAUGGCUGCCUGAACAGCAAAGUAACAGUAAUAGAAUGCCAAUUGUGAGAACACAAUGUGGUGUGUGUAUAUUAUACAGUGCUUGUUUUGCACUUGGGGGGGAAAAAAGGUCAGUGUAAACAUUGCCUGUAUGGUUGAUAAAGCUUUCAUCAUGGCUGCAAUUUAUUUUGUACUUUUGUUGGAGACUUGGUGGAGGUCUGGGUUCUGGGCAUGCUCAUGUUUUGUGGAGGGGGGGUGGGGUUUCCAUGUUUUUUGUUUUUUUUCCUGUGUGUUUUGUGACCAAACUGUGACGACCCGCAGGUGACUGGAGAUGUUCAAGGCCGACGUAGAAAGUUUUUGAUUGUAAAAUGAUCAGGGCGGCGUUUACUGAUGAGCUGUUCCAUCAAUGACCUCUUCUGCUAAUUGCAAACGUGUUUGUGUGUAUUUGUGUUGUCAGACGUGAUCUGACAAGGAAGGUGAGGUGCAAGUAGAAGGUAGACUGAAGGUGUGUCAGGUAGGAGUGUGGAAGGAAGGAAGGAAGGAAGAAAGCAAGGUCUGUGUUUCCUGUCAAAACAUUCCAGGUCGGAAAGAAGUGUGAAGAAGUUGCGGUGUGUGUCUUUAACGCUUCUUUGGUGGCGUGUAAAUAGUGCGUGAUUGUCUUCCAGUGUGACCACCACCAUGUCCCCCGAUCAUCGUUUUUGUCUUCACAUGCCAGGAAAGCCUUACGGUUUCACUCCAAAUAAGAAAAAAAAACCUUGAGAUUUUAUGGAUGAGGCAGUUAAAAGUACAGUUGGGGGAUGUGCUUGUUCUUAUUUAUUAUCAUUAUUAUUUGAAUGUCAUCGUAUGAUCAUUGAUGGAUAACUUGAAUUUAUUUUCUAAUUUAUUCUUUUGUUAGCACCACCAGGUUGUGUUUGUGUGUUCAUUCUGCAGUUGAAGUCCUUUACAGACUUCCUUUUAAAAAAGAAAUGCAGCCUUUUUUUUUUUGUUCUUUACAGAUAUGUCACAUACAACAUAUGACUUGUUUUUACUGCUGCUCUUUUACAUACAUUAAACUAGCAAAGGUCAA